AUGAGGAUCAGCAGAAGCACGGUGGCGCGCAUUUCGCCUCCUCCCGAUAGCCUCGCCGGUUGGUGCCAUGGCCUUGGCGACCAUCGUUGUGGCCGCCCUACGAUGGAACCUGCACGCGGCUCGGGAAGCGAUCCCAACGGCAAUAUGCCACGGGCUGCAGCUGCCUUAGUGGCCGCGGAGUGGCAGGCGACUCGGCCUGCGGCGUCAGCAAGGUCAAAGUACCCGAUCCAGCUCCGGGCCCUGUUGCUGGUCACGGAGCAACUGUCACUGUCGCGCGCCAGCAUUCCACCGCCCACAGCUCCCCGCAGCAUGCUGCGAAGCCAUGCAGGCGCCGACGUCUCCGCCUCGCACCCUCGCUCCACUCCGACCGCUGCGGGCCCUUUCCAGGAUGCGUCGCGCAAGUGGAUGCUUUCGGGGACCACCUCCUCGCCCGCCCCCGGCGCCGUUGCGACGGUCGGCGCAGUCCUGCGGGUAGCGUGGCAAGCGCGACGCGUGCCCGGAACUGAGCGCGGAAGGCCGAUACUGGUGGUUCUCGGAUCCGAGGUGGGUGAACGGUGGAGCCAGGGCGCGCUCCAACUCGUGCGCGACCUGGUCCGAUCCGCGAAAGCAGGUGUGGAACGCGGGCGGGCCAUGUGCCCAGUCUUCCCGCCGCACCAGACGGUGCAGCUUGGCAAAAAAAAAGAGCUUGUCCAGCUCGCUGCGAAGCAUGAGGUCCUGCUUCACCAGCUCCCUUUCCUGCAGGACCUUCAGGUUUCGUGGUUGCUGCUGUCCCGUUGCAGUCCGCCCAGUGCUCAGUACUUGCUCCGGGAUGCUCCGGGUUUUGGCGCCCGCUGCCACCGUCACCUUGCGGCUCACCGCGAUGCAUCGGUCCAACGGCCUCUUCCGAUCUUCUACAGCUCCGCCGCCCGCAGGGCGAGGCGCCCCUUCCUCAUGGGGGCGAAGGUAGACACGCUGCGCGUCAUCGCUGCGCAGGAUGGUGUGCUUUAUGAUAGCCACCCGACACCGCCCCAGGCGAUGCACACCGAUGGAGUGCGGCGUCCGGUCCGUAGAUCGUUCGAGACGGUGGAAGUGGCGGACAAAGGUCCGCAACGGCUCGUCGUGCUCGCGGCGGAGGUGGGCGGCAGGUGGGGCGAGGAGUGCCAGCGCUUCGUUCGCCAGCUCCUGCGCCUCCGCGUUCAGAGGGCCCCUGCAGCCCUGCGUGCCGCGGCGGCCCAGGGGUGGGCAAGGCGAUGGUGGGGCCUGCUUUCGGUCGCCGUGCAGAGGGCAGUUGCCAGCACGGCCCUGGGUGUCUGGACGAUGCCGGCGCUGCCGAGCUCGCCGGACGGGGUCCCCCUCGCUGAUGUCUUUGAGCUCGCCGAUUUCGUGCGGCCCAGCCGCCUGCCGUAUGAGAUGGGAUAUGUGUUCCCUGGUGGCAGCAUUCUCGCGUGGCGGCAGGGGGGUGAUGUCGUGGUCUUCUGGGAAAUCAGAAUCGUGCGAGGAGGUGUCAUGUCCGGAUGCCUUGUGGUUCGCAACGGCGAAGUUGAUGAAACCCUCGACGUGUUGGUUGGCGUUCUGCAAGCAGGACAAGCCAAGGAGGCCAACAUGUUGGCCGCGGAGCUUCGACACCACUUGCUGUCGUUGCAGCGCAAUGACCAGCUUUGGAAGGGCAAAGUCUCGGAUGCCAAGAAGAGCGCGGACAGUUGGCGCCAGGAGCUGCAAGACACCAGGUGCAAGUUGGAUGAGGUCUAUCAAGAUCUCAAAGAUGCAGCAGCGGAGCGGGCCCAUACGGAAGUUGAGCUGAAGAGCGUCUCACAGAAAGUGGUUGACAUCAAGGACGAAGAGGCGCACUUGCAGACGCAGCUGCAAAAUCUACGCGCGGAGCAGCAGCGUCUUGAGACACAGCGCUUGCUAGAAGAGGAGCAGAAUCGCAAGCGCGAGGAGGAGAUGUGCCAACAAGCAGCGGCAGAGGAGCAGCGACGGCAGGAAGCAGCCCUUCAAGAGGCUGAGAGGCAACGACUCGCGGAGGAGCAGCGACGGCAGGAAGCAGCCCUUCAAGAGGCUGAGAGGCAAAGACUUGCGGAGGAGCAGCGACGGCAGGAAGCAGCCUUUCAAGAGGCUGAGAGGCAAAGACUUGCGGAGGAGCAGCGACGCCAGGAAGCAGCCCUUCAAGAGGCUGAGAGGCAAAGACUUGCGGAGGAGCAGCGACGGCAGGAAGCAGCCCUUCAAGAGGCUGAGAAGCAAAGACUUGUGGAGGAGCAGCGACGGCAGGAAGCAGCCCUUCAAGAGGCUGAGAGGCAAAGACUCGCGGAGGAGCAGCGACGCCAGGAAGCAGCCCUUCAAGAGGCUGAGAGGCAAAGACUUGCGGAGGAGCAGCGACGGCAGGAAGCAGCCCUUCAAGAGGCUGAGAAGCAAAGACUUGUGGAGGAGCAGCGACGGCAGGAAGCAGCCCUUCAAGAGGCUGAGAGGCAAAGACUCGCGGAGGAGCAGCGACGGCAGGAAGCAGCCCUUCAAGAGGCUGAGAGGCAAAGACUUGCGGAGGAGCAACGACGGCAGGAAGCAGCCCUUCAAGAGGCUGAGAAGCAAAGACUUGUGGAGGAGCAGCGACGGCAGGAAGCAGCCCUUCAAGAGGCUGAGAAGCAAAGACUUGUGGAGGAGCAGCGACGGCAGGAAGCAGCCCUUCAAGAGGCUGAGAGGCAAAGACUCGCGGAGGAGCAGCGACGGCAGGAAGCAGCCCUUCAAGAGACUGAGAGGCAAAGACUUGCAGAGCUGCAGCACUGCGAAACAGCAGCAGCAGAAGAAGAAGGACAAAACUUGCGCAAAGAGGAGGCUGUCGAGUUGCCGCGGGUGGCCCUCCAUGGGUUUGAUCGCUCGAACUUUUCCAAGAAUGAGGUCGGCUUUGAGAAGCCGCUGGAACACAUGGAAGCCGUUUCGCCUCAAUGCUCCGACGUCACAGAACUUGAUGCGGCAACGGAGCCUUUGCAUUCAGACGAGAGCCAGAGCCAAACCGAGGAGCCCGCAAGAGAGCCCGAGAUUGGACCGGAGAAGCAGCCGCCACAACCACAGCAGCCGCAGCCGCAGCAGCCGUCCCUUUUGACGUCAUGCUCGUCACCCCAGGCGUUUUCCGUGAAUGCGCGGGAGCGACAGUGCGGAGAACGGUUCCUUGAACUUGGCAAGCGGCUCGGGCGUGCCAAUGAGGAUGUCCAGGACAAGCAGCCUUUGGGAGAGGCCCCAGCAGCCUGCGCAGCCCGCGCAGCCUGCGCAGCCGGCUCCGCAUCGACCUCGCUGAGGGCAGCAGAGGCAGCGCUGCGUGCUGCCGCUGCACAGCGCAUGGCAAGUGCCCAACAACUUAUUGGAGGAGCCGCAUCUGCACAGUCGCUGUUCGCGCCGGUGCCCCACCCACACCAUCGGGAGGCAUAUGCCACUGCUGCGCCGGUAUCAGUGACCAAGGGCACUGUUAUUGCUCGAUCGCUGUCUCCAGUCAGAGCCGCUUCCCCAACCAGGCUUGCGCGGGCAAUUCCACACAGGGGUGUCCUGAGCGGUCCAUGGUUCGAGAGCCAGAAGGCAUCUCAGGGCAUCUCUUUGGAAGCCGCACAGUCCACCGGCAUUGCUCCAGGUGCGCUGCGGCAUCCCUUCCAAGCUGCCGCGACAGGCGGGCCAACAGUGCAAAAGGAGUACACACAGCCAGCUCGAGGUUUGUCACCAGUGCCAGUGCGAUUUCGCAGCAUGGUGGUGCCAGCGGCAGGAAGUGCGAGCUGCCAUGGACAAGCCAAUGUGGCUGGAGACAGGAGCCAUCUGAGGCAGCCUGCCACACCUCGGACUGACACUCGUGAGGUGGCUGCUCCUGGCCUGGCGCCGUUUCCCGCAGCGGAUCACAUGAUGCCCGUGGUUGUCAGGCCGGCGUGUGCGGGGCCAACGAGGUCCCAGCAGCAGAUGUUGAACCACUUGAACCACACCGGAUCGCUCCACGCACCCGUGUCGCAGCAGGUGGAGCUCGUCAGGCAAAUGCCAGGCUCUCCAGUAUAUGCCACACGGCAGCUCCAACUGCCCCUGGCUGGUUCCUUUGUUGCCCCGGGCUACACGGGCGGCUCGGGCUAUUUGGCGCAAGCUGCAAGGCCGUGUCCGGAUCUGCCAGCGCCAGCGAGGCCUACGCAGGAAGCCUCGCAGCGAGCCAGGUCACCUAUCCAACACAUUCGCUGGCCACUGCAGGCUCCCCAAAGAGCCACAUCGCCCCUGCGGCCUGCGCGGUGGCUCCACACAGCUGAUCCGUCCUGGAGCUGCGAUCCCGACUCAGGCCACGCAGUAACCGGUGAACGUCCGGAAGAGACGCGAUAUGUUGGUGUGGCACGGCUGGCAGAUCACGUGCGCAGAUUUCCUCAGACAGUCCAGACCAUUUCUGGAGGCACUGUGCGCAACGUCACCAUGGAGCCCGUGGAUGUUCCAAAGAAGUCGUCCACGAAGACCGCGCUGUGA